AUGGCGGACGUAAGGUGGUUGGAGAACUUUCAGGACACGCAUCACGUCAUUCCCUCACUCGUGAUAGUUGGAGGGAUGCUGCUAGCAGCUUUCAUUUAUCAGAUUGCCUUUGCCACUGAUAUUCCUCAUAUCAAAGGGCUGCCUGAAAUCCCGGGUGCUGUCCCCGUCUUUGGCCAUCUGCUCAAACUCGGCGAGGAUCACGCGUCGGUAUGUGAAAAAUGGUGGCGCCAGUACAAGCACUCUGUGUACCAGAUCAAGCUGGGAAACACUCGUGCGGUGGUGGUGAACUCUUUCGAUGACUGCAAAAAGAUGCUCCUUGGCAACCAGAAUGCAGUCAUUGACAGACCGAAGCUGUACACCUUUCAUGGCGUGAUAAGCAGUACCCAGGGCUUCACCAUCGGCUCUUCGCCAUGGGAUGAAUCCUGCAAAAAGAAGCGCAAGGCAGCCGGGGCAGCCCUGGGAAGACCAGCAAUGAGGAACUACAAUCCCAUGUUCGACUUGGAAAGCUACUGCAUCCUCCGCGAUAUCAAGACGGAUAGCCGCAACGGGGAGAUCGAGUUGGACAUUCGCCCUUACAUCCAGCGUUUUGCCCUCAACACAACGCUCACGCUUUGCUACGGCAUUCGCAUGGACGCAGUUUAUGACGAGCUGCUUCGUGAGAUCUUGCACGUGGGCUCUGCCAUUUCCCUCCUGCGAAGUGCAUCGGAAAAUUACCAAGACUAUAUUCCGGCACUCCGAUACGUUCCCAACAAUGAGAAAAAUUCUCGCAGCAAGGAACUGCGAGACCGUCGUGACGCAUACCUAAACCUUCUGCUAGACAAAGUCAGAGCCAUGAUCAAGGAAGGCACCGACAAGCCCUGCAUCUCGGCCGCUAUCCUAAAGGACGAAGAAACGAAACUGACAGGUGUCGAAGUUUCGUCCAUUUGCCUCUCCCUGGUCUCUGGAGGCUUUGAGACUAUUCCUGGAACUCUGACUUCCUGUAUCGGAUCGCUUUGUACUCCUGAGGGUCAAGUGUGGCAGGACCGUGCCUAUGAAGACAUCAAGCGCCAUUAUUCUGACAUGCGAGAUGCAUGGACAAACUGCUACACGGAGGAAAAGGUCCCUUACAUCAACGCCAUCAUCAAGGAAGCCGGUCGAUACUAUACAGUUAGCUCGAUGAGCUUGCCCAGAAAAACGGUGACAGAGGUCAAUUGGAAUGGUGCCAUCAUUCCUGCCAAGACUAUGAUCCUGAUCAAUGCUCAGGCUGGCAAUCACGAUGUGGAUCAUUUUGGCAAGGACGCCGGCCAGUUCGACCCGGAGCGAUGGCUGAGCGGCGUCGACCCCCCGCAAGAACGCCCGAUGGAUGGCCUGGAUCAUCUCAGCUUUGGUACAGGUUCCCGGGGAUGUUCUGGCCAGUUUAUUGCCUCUCGUCUUCUCUAUGCGGCGCUUUUGAGACUCUUGAGCGCCUAUAAAUUUGUCGCCAGUGACGACGCUCCUCCAAACGUUGAUUAUGUCGAUUACAAUGAACGCAAGACUGCACUCGUUGCUAUUCCCAGGUACUUCAAGGUGAAGCUGAUUCCUCGCGAUACUGCUAUUACCACAGAAUGUCUCCGACUGGCCGAAGAGCGUACCAGCCAACAUUACAAGGAGUAA